AUGUCCCUUCCAGUGGAAGCUGUAAAGGAGUUUCUCCUGAAACUUCAGGAUGACAUCUGCCACGCCAUCGAGGCGGAGGACGAGCAGGCAACGUUUAUGGAGGAUAAGUGGACACGCGAGGGCGGUGGUGGUGGACGCACGCGUGUCAUUGCAAACGGUACUGUGAUCGAAAAGGGCGGCGUGAACUUUUCGCACGUGUACGGCAAGGGCCUGCCAGGGUCCUCGACGGAGCGUCACCCCGAUAUGGCCGGUUGCAACUACCAGGCGAUGGGGGUCUCGCUUGUUAUCCACCCAAAGAACCCGCACGUCCCCACAUCACACGCAAAUGUGCGCUUAUUUGUUGCGGAGAAGGAAGGCAAGGAACCGGUGUGGUGGUUCGGUGGAGGCUUUGACCUCACGCCAUACUACGCUGUGGAGGAGGACUGCUACUACUUUCACCACGUCGCGCAGGAGCUCUGCAGGCCCUUCGGCGCCGACGUGUACGCGCGCUUCAAGGCGUGGUGUGACGAGUACUUCUUUAUCCCUCACCGCAACGAGGCACGCGGCAUUGGCGGCCUCUUCUUCGACGACCUGAGCGAGUGGCCGUUCGAAAAGUGCUUCGCAUUCAUGCAGGCAGUGGGCAAGGGCUUCAUUGAUGCGUACAUCCCAAUUGUGAACCGGCGCAAGAACACGCCGUACACAGAGCAGCAGGUGGAGUUCCAGGAGUUCCGCCGCGGACGGUAUGCGGAGUUCAACUUGGUGAUUGACCGCGGCACGAAGUUCGGGCUUCAGUCUGGCGGUCGAACCGAGUCCAUCUUGAUGUCGCUGCCACCGCGUGCGCGCUGGGGCUACAACUGGCAUCCAGAACCUGGCACGCCGGAGGCGCGGCUAACGGAGUACUUCUUGACGAAGAAGCAGUGGGUGUAG